UUUAAAUUUUUUAGAAAAAUGAAUCCAUCACAAUAUCCACAAUGGCAACAACAUUUAAUUCCAGGUUAUGCUCCUCCAAUAUAUUCACAAAAUACAGGGCCACCAACAUAUACACCGAUUAAUUUACCUACUCAAUUUAUUCCAUGUACUCCCAGCAAUUAUUAUCAGCAAAGUGAACAUUUACAAGAAAAGGAAAAACAAUCAAAAUUGAUUGAACAAUUAGAAAAGGAAAAGGAUUCGAUUCAAAAAGAGUUUGAAAAACUCAAAUUGGAUUAUGAAAAUUUAAAAAAGGAAAAAGAAUUGGAAAUUCAAAAACGCAAAGAGAGUGAGCUUCGUCUAAGUGAACUUGAAAAGUCUAAACUUGAGGUCGAAGAACGUUUAACUAAAAGAAUUCGGGAUUUGGGUUCUAAUAAUGAACGUCUCGAGAGCGAAUUGGAAGAUAUAGAAAACGAUUAUAAGGGUUUGGAAUUUCAAAAUGAUAGAUUAAAGAAGGAUAAUGAAAAAUUAGUUCAUGAUGCAAUAGCUGAUGAUGAUGAAAUUGCUGGUUUACAAAGACAAUUGAAGGAAUCUGAUGACAGGAAUAAAGACUUAAAUGAAUGUUUGGAGACAUUACAAUUAGAAAAUAAUGAGAAUAAAAAAAAAUUGGAAGAUUCUAAGAAAGAGUAUCAUAAAUAUAAGAAAAGAUGUUCUCUUUGCGAAGAAGAUUUACGUAAAAGUCAACAUAUUCUUGAUAAGAAAGAAUUACUUAUAAAUUCUUUGCAAAAACAAUUAAUUGAAUCCGCAGCUGAAAAUUUGGGAUUAAAAAAAGAAGUACAAGAUUUGCAAACAAAAAUUUUAAUUGCUGAACGACGGGCAAAAAAUGCAGAAGAAGAUUUGAAUAAAAGAAAUAUUGGAGGUAAAAUUAAGUAA